AUGGUCGUUUAUAAUUUUAAGAAGAUUACACCAGUUCCUAACGGAAGAGAAUUUAUGGACAUUGUUCUUUCGAAAACACAAAGAAAAACACCAACCGAAAUUCACCCUCAAUAUGCUAUCAAUCGUAUUAGAAGAUUCUACAUGAGAAAAGUUAAAUUUUGUCAACAAGCCAUCCACGAUAAAAUUACUCUCAUCCUUGAUGAAUUCCCACGAUUGGGAGAUAUUCACCCAUUCUAUGAGGAUUUGAUGAACGUUCUCUAUGAUAAGGAUCACUACAAGCUUGCUUUGGGUCAAUUAAGUACCUGCAGAAAUCUUGUUGAUGCUAUUGGUAGAGAUUAUGUUCGUUUACUUAAAUAUGGUGACUCUUUAUAUCGUUGCAAACAAUUGAAGAGAGCUGCUUUGGGUAGAAUGAUUACAGUAUUGACUAAACAAAAUUCAUCACUUAUCUAUCUUGAACAAGUCAGACAACACUUGGCUCGUUUACCUUCUAUUGAUCCAUCAUCACGUACUUUGAUUCUAGUUGGUUAUCCAAACGUUGGUAAAUCUAGUUUUAUGAAUAAUAUGACACGUGCUCAAGUUGAUGUUCAACCUUAUCCUUUCACAACCAAAUCCUUGUUUGUUGGUCAUAUGGAAUAUCGUUAUUUGAAAUGGCAAUUGAUUGAUACACCAGGUAUUUUGGACCAUCCACUUGAACAACGUAACACAAUUGAAAUGCAAAGUAUAACAGCUAUGGCUCACUUGCGUUCUACUAUUUUAUAUUUGUUAGAUAUGAGUGAAACUUGUGGAUACAACAUUCAACAACAAUGUGACCUUUUCAAGAAUGUCAAACCACUUUUUGCUGGUAAACCAGUUUUGUUGGUUUUAACAAAGGUUGACUUGGUUAAAUAUGACGAAUUGAGCGAUUUACACAAGAAGAUGUUGCAAGAAGUUGCUGAUAUGUGUAGUGAUAUGCUUGCUAUCAGUAACAUUGACCAAUCUGGUUUGAAUGAAGUUAAAACUAAAGCUUGUGAUUUGUUGCUCCAAAACAGAGUUGAAGCUAAGAUGAGUCAUGGUAAGAAGUCAGUUGAAAAUAUUUUGAACAGAGUUCACUUGGCUCUUCCAAAGAAGAGAGAUGACAUUACAAGAGUGCCACAAAUCCCAGAAAGCGUCAUUUUGAAGAGAAAUAUCGAAAAUGAAAUGGAAGACGAAAGAAUCACUGAAAAACAUCUUGAAAAUGAAGGAGGUGGUUCUGGUGUUUACAUGCCAGAUUAUAAGAAGCAUUAUCUUUUAAAGAACGAAGAAUGGAAAUAUGAUAUUAUUCCAGAAUUUAUUAACGGAAAGAAUAUUGCUGACUUUGUGGAUCCAGAAAUUGAAAAGAGAUUGGAAGAACUCGAAGCUGAAGAAGAAGAAAGACUCAGAGAAGAAGGUGGAUUCGAAGGAGGUGUUAACUAUGCCGACGAAGAAUACUUUGUUGACUCUGAUGAAGAAGAUGACUACCAAAAGAUUGUUGAUAAGAAGGCAAUUAUCAUUCAAACUAACAAGUAUAAUAAGAAUACUAACCAUCCUAAGUUGACAAGAAAGGAUAAACCAAUUGAUUUGAAGUCAAUUGUUGGUGAACUUAAGAACAGAGGUGUUCCAGAAGAAGCUUUGGAUAAGGCUAGAUCCAACUCAGUUGCUAGAACUACUUCAUCAGAAGUGCUUCUGAAAAGCGUGCUGCUGCUGAAUAUGAUUCUGUUGAUAUUGAUGACACUGCUCUCGUUUGCUGGUAUCAAAGAUCCAAAGAAGCAAGCUGCUGCUGUUGAUUUGCGUAAUAAGAAGGUUAAGACAAUACAAGCUGAAGGUAAACGUGCUGAAACAGAUCACGUUGUUUACAAUAUGAUGCCAAAGCACUUGUUCAGUGGUAAGACAACGAUUGGUAAGAAGGACAGAAGAUAAACUUUUUGUAAUUAAAAAAUAUUUUAAAAUU